AUGUAGUGAUGGUGGAUGUUGUUAUAUGUAGUGAUGAUGGGUGGUGUUAUACGUAGUUAUAAUCUGUUCUAUGAGUUAUCCUGGGAGAACCACAUCCUUGUCUAUUCUUCACAUUCGUGUACUGUAUUUAUUGCACUCACAUCUUAAGAGCUGCCACCACCCAGGCUUUCUUUAGAAUAUCACAUCAACAAUGAACCUCUCGAUUGAAUUGGUAGUGUGGUAUGCACAAGAGGUUAGGCAUGCGAGUUAUCAAGUGUAUUUUCAGGGAUGGCAAUUAUUAGAAGGAAUGAGCGGUGAUACAUUAUACUGAAGAGUUAUUUAUUAAAUGCAAGUGUAAAUAUGGUGAUAUUUCGAACCUGCACUCAAAAUACAAAACUUAGUUACACUUACUGAGUACGUUACUGUAACACACAAAAUAGAACUGACCAAUAGAUCGUACUUUAUACAGUAAGUAGCAAAAAUAGAUCUUCAAUUAUCAGUUAAAACAGUCAAUACUUAUCACCUUAUGGUAUUAUUACACACCAAUGAUACUAAAGUGAUGGUCACUCUUAACACUCGUCAAUAGUACAGAGUGAUGGUAUUACUUAGAGCACCAUGUUAUUACUUGAUUACAGGGAAAAAUAUACCAGCAGAUAUCAACUAUGAGUACAGCUGGUUCACCCACACACAUAACAAACUCUGAGACUGGUGAUAGUAAUAUUUAUGGUCUCAAUACUCAACCUGGGACAGUUAUAUUCCUGAUAAUCAAUCUACAAUAAUGUACACAAUAAUAAUUAGCACAUAUGUCAGGAUGAAUAUACCAGGCUUACACCACUGGUAUUCAAAACAAAUGCCAAGCGGCUACACUCUGGACCCACGGCAGGGCUCAUGCUCCAGAACUCACUCUCCCUUGACUGGCUCCCCGGGCUCGUGAUGCACUCGGGUCUUAAUCUCAAUGAAUUAAAGACAUCUUGCCUGCAGGUGGCUACCGAUACCUGGCAGUGGCAACAACACAUACAGUGCCUGGUAGACGGGGAAGGAGUGUCAAAGAAGUCAAUUUACAAAAUGUCACAAAACACGUCUGGCAAGGGAACGAAUGGUUCUUUCAACACAGAAGGUGCCCAGGAAGCAGAAUUGUGAAGGACUUCUGGCUUAACCACUUUUGGAAGAAGAUUACAGGAAUUGCUUAACAGGUAUAGAUACACUUGAUAAGUCCCUCAUGUCAUCCAAGAUCCUCCCAUUACCAGAGUCAGUGAGAUCACAGUUGCGCUCAGGAAUAACUAUCACCUCUGUUGCCCAGUGUGUGGAAGAACUGGUUUUAAAUAGUCUUGAUGCUAGUGCAACUUGCAUAGCAGUCAGAGUGGACCUCAGCAUAUUUAGAAUUCAGAUUGUGGACAAUGGCCAUGGAGUGAGUCAUGGUGAUCUCAAAUAUCUAGGAACAAGGCACGCAACAAGCAAAUGUCACACUCUGGAUGAUCUCAACAGUAACUUGUCACAUUAUGGAUUCCGUGGAGAAGCUCUUGCUAGUAUUAUUGAUAUGGCAGCUAUUGUUGACAUCACAACUAGACCCCGGGGCUCGACCAAGACCUUCUCAAAACUUUUCACUUAUGGAAAAGAAAAAAGUGUCAGUAAUGCUAAAACCCCAAGACCAAGUGUUGGUACUACCCUGACAAUUCAGGAUUUUAUGUAUAACAUGCCAGUUAGACGAAAGUUGAUCAAAGAAGCCAUUGACAUUGAGACUAUAAGAAAACGAUUGGAAAGUUUUGCCUUGAUGCAUCCCAAGGUCUCCCUCAACUUGAGAAAUGACACGAACAACAUAGUGGUUAUGCAGACAUCUAAGACCAGCUGUAUCAUGUCAACCUUCAUGCAGCUGUUUGGUGCAGAUAAAGCCCAGACACUUGCAGAAGUUGAACAUACACUUGACCAGUUUACAGUUACAGGAUAUAUUGGCACACAUCCACACUUGACUAAAGCUCUGCAGUUUGUCUAUGUAAAUAAAAGAGUUAUAUUAAAAACAAAGAUCCACAAAAUGAUUAAUGCUCUGCUUUCUAAAAGUUCCAUCAUCAGCACUAGACUUCAUCCAACCAGUACAGGGUCAGGAAAAAAUCCUUCAAGUCCUGCAAAAGGGAUGAAUCUUUAUUGCAUAUUUUUGAUAAAUAUUGAAUGUCCUUACAGUGAGUAUGACAUUUGUCUUGAGCCAAAGAAAACUUUAGUUGAAUUCAAAGACUGGGAUAAACUCUUAAUUUGUAUUGAGGAAAUGAUAAUCAAAUUUAUUGAGGAAGAGAACUUGGUGAUCUCAAUUGACGAAAGGUAUCGGAGAUCAGGCAAAGAUCAAGAGGUAGAUGAUGAAGUCAGUUCAACUGUGAGUCAGAGCAGUCCAUCACUACUUCAGAUGUUCAGCCUCAAAAGGAACAUAGAAGAAAAGAAUGAACCUGGUACACACACAGAAAAGUAUGGGCACACUAUUUGCACCCAGGAUAACUUAUUGGCCGUUCAUAGCUUACCUGUCAAAAGAAUAAAGAAGAGACAUAAAAGUUCUGAAAGCUCAGAUAACAUCGAUAUGAAUGAAGAUAAUGCUGGUAAUAGUGAUAAAGUACAUGAAAAUAUAAACCAACGUAUUAACAGUGUUAAUGGAAAAAAUUUGCAUCACCGAGAUGCUCCUUCAAAAGAUAAUUUCCCCAAACCAUCAAAUUCUGUAUCUAAGGUAGAGAUGCCCCAUACUGAAGCAAAUAAGGUACUGAUAGAAGAAUGUACAUUUAGAGGUGAUAAAAAUUCAAGUGAUUUUCCUAUUUCAGAAAAUACUGGUAAUGUUUUGUUUAGUUCUUUAGAAGAAUUUAAAAAUGUUAUAGCAGACAGUAGUGUUGGAAGUGAUGAAUCAUUAAGUGGACAAGAUAAUUUUAGAGUGAAGCCUGGUAGUGUGACAUUAGUAGAAACAUCAGUGAUUCAGAGGGAUCCUGAAAGAACAUCUGACAAUGAGGGUUGUGGAAACAAGUCUAGUGAACAUUUACAUGAAAAUUUUAGUUCCUUAGAAGAAUUCAUGAAGUUCUAUAAUGCUGAUAAAAGAAAGACCGAACUUGAAUCAUACAAGACUCCCGAACAGGCAGUGUUACACCCGCCCACAUCACCCCCACCACUGAAAACCACAAAAAGGUUUCUCUCUACGUCACAAGACGGAGGAGGUGAAAUACUCUCAGUUGUUAGAUUGCGAUCAGAUGUUAAAAAGAAUAAUGAAACAAAAUCCCUUUGCAAAACCUUAAGCUCUAAAUGGAAAAAACACCAAAGCAAAAUGCAAAAAAUACAGACUCUUCAAAAUUUUGAAUACCAAAAGACAAAUGCAGUGCCAGUUCAUGCAAGUCAUACUCUCAAUAAGAACGAACAUAUAAUACAAAAAGAUAGCGACAAAUACGGUGACAAUAUUCCAUCUAGUUUUUCACAAUCUCAAGAAAGAGCAGAAGCUUGUGUCUCCGGGGCUGUAGAGAGUCAAGAGGUAAACUGUAAUACAAAUACUGAGGAUCUAGAUAUUAGCUUUAGGUUUGAGCCAGUUAUCUUAAAGAAAAUAGGCGAGGAUGAGAUUAAAAUAAAAUUAUCAGAUAGAAAAGAUCACAUGGAAUAUCCUGGAUCAUGUAAUGUCCUCCCUAUCACUUAUAACAGAAUAAAAACACAGAAUGACGCUCAUAGUGUUGAAAGAAAGACUAUCUGCUCAAAUUCUCCUCCAGAAAUAUUUCAUUGUAAUAUGAAAGUUGAUCAUCAAGGAGUCCCAGAGAGAAGUAAGGCCCUUCAUAACUAUGCAGAAAACUAUAAUCCAUUUCCUGAGAUUAUUCCUAUUAUCCAAGUCGAACAACCAAAGAAAAAUAGUACUCUAAGAAGUGAAGUCUUUUCACCAUCAAAUCAUAAGGUGGUGUUAGGCCCAACUCCCCAAACUCGAGUGGAAAAUGAUAUUUUAAGACAAAAUUCUGAAAUAGUUGAUAUAAAUUCUAGGACUGCAGUUACAGUUGGAUCCAGCCGUGAAACAUUUAGUCCACCAGAGUCAUUAAGACACUAUCAGUAUUCAAGUGUAAUUAGACCAUUGUGUAAGGGAGGAUCACGAUGCAGGGAAUUCUUGGAGAAAGGGACGGAAACUGAUCCACAAAUGUCCAGUUCAUCGUCUCGCUUGUGUUUAAGACUAAAAAUACCUAAGACAGAUUGUGAAAAACUUAUGGAUGAAGUUGAUAUAAAUGGACCUAAAAGAAAUAACAAAGAAUCCUGUAUGACUGACAGAAUGAACAUUGCCACCUCCACACAACCUUUUGAGGUAGAAGGCAUCUUAGAAAACAAAAAAUCUAAUAAUUUACACUGUGAAGACAUGCAGAAAGAAAGUGGUGCCAUACAACAGUCCCAAGGUUUUAUACUUUCAGAUUUAUAUCCAGGUUCGCAAAACAAGGAAAUGCACAACUCGUCAAGCUGUCAAGACAAAGACAAGAGUAACAGUGUUCCUGUACAAGAGACUCAAGGUUUUACACCAAAAGAUUUGAUUGAAAACUUCCAUAUUGAAGCUUCAAAGACAGGAGCUCACAAAACUUUUGAGGGUAUAUUAGAAUCUGAUCCUAUGACUGUUUUCCAAAAGAUUGAUAGCAUUCUAGGAGAUCUGGAGUCCACAACUGCUGGCAAGAAUGGGACAAAUACCUGUGAGGAAUCGGAACAAGUGGAUAAUGUAGUCCAAAAUAUAAACCAAGUUGAAGCAAGAGGCAUAGACACUUCUGACACAAAGACUGCUGUUUCAUCACAAGUUCUCAACAAUUCUGAUGAGGAUCUUAUUCAAGGCCAGAAUAUACAGUUUUGUAAUAAAAAUGAAAGAACAAAGGCACAACCUGAUUUGCCAUUGUUACCCUCAGGUGAAAUUCAAAAGAGUACAUUCGAUGUCACAAGCAGUAGCAACAGCCCUGACAUGAAAGUAAUAAGCUCAGAUAACACUCAAUCACCAGACCCAUUCUCUGAGUCUCUUCACAUCUCACAAUUGACUUUACCAGAAGAUGUGGCAGAGACUCAGCAACUGUAUCAGGAAACAUCCAACAAAGUUACUUGUGACAUGGAAAAUAUAGGGUCUAUCAAUAUGUCCUUAAGCAGUAUGUCUUCCUUUUCUAAUAGAAUGACACACAAGACAGAGAAAGAGAUGCCCUCAAGAAAAGAUAAGGAAUGUCAAAAAGAAUGUGUGGAAAAUAGUGGUGAUGGCAUACAGUGUAAUGUUAAUAUAGCAUCUCUGUUAUCAUCAUCAAAAAAAAAUACACAAAAUUUGGAAAGUAAUUGUGUAGACAGUUUGGGUUCUGACUCCGAGUUUCUUUAUAAAAAAACAGGAGCUAUCGGAAUAGAAGAAUUAGAUAAGACUAGGACUGUAAAUGGUCAGAGUGAUGAUGAUAUGACCCAGUGUUCUACAUUAGAUAAUAUUAACAAGUCAGAUGAACCACGAGACACCAGCUCCCAGAGUGAAGGUACAUUAUGCUUAGGUAACAGGUGGAAGGAAGUGUGUGAUAAAGAUGGAAAAAAGGUUUAUGUUGAUCUACACACUGGUAACACAUCAUAUGACCCACCACAACUGGGGCCUGCCCCUGAAUGGACCAGUAGCCAGCCACUUGGAGCACCUCUACUCAAAGUACCAUUAUCAAAUGAGCCAUGGUAUAACCCUGUCAGAAAAGGUUCAGAACGUAGACCUGCUUUUAGUCUCAGCCAUGGCUUCAGUGCUUUUAUGUCAUGGAAAAAAACUAGAGAUCUUGAGAAAAAUAUGGAUUUGAGCAGAAAAUGUAAAACUACCGCAUUGGACGUAGGAUCGUCAAACAGCAAGGAUAAUUUGGAGAGCAAUAUUGUGUUGGAGGAAGGAGGCAGACAUGGAGGUGAGAGUAACAGUAACUCAUUUGUGACAACUAAAGUCAAAGAGGCCAUAAAUUCAGUGUUGAAGGAUCUUGAAGCUGAUGAUGAUACCAUAAAGUGGUCAAAUAAACCACCUGCUGGACUCCAACAGGACAUGUCUGAGCCUUCAGAAGUUGUUCAGAUUUGUCGGCUAUGGGAAGCUCCAAACUUUGCCAUGGAUGCUGAUAUCCUGACCUCAGAAGCUCUAGCAACAACUGCAGAAAGAGGAGCUAUAACACAAAAAGAAGGUGGGGUGAGGGUGUACAAUAUUGUCCAUCCAUACAAGUUUUCCAGAGAGAUGCUCCAGUCGUGCAAGGUGCUUGGACAGUUGGACAAAAAGUUUAUAGCAUGUAACAUUGAAUACACUUCUCAUGAUCAUCAUGAACAAAGAUCCAGCCAGCUGAUUGUCCUCUUUGACCAACAUGCAGUUCAUGAGAGAGUUCGCUUAGAGACCAUCAUACAAGAGAAUUACGAAACUCUUGACUCGGGGGAGUCUGUAAUACGUAGUUCAAUUGUUAAGCCCCCUCUUGAGAUGUCACUUCCAGCAGAUGAAGUCAGACUGAUGAUGGCAUAUUCGGAAGUGUUUUCUCAGCGAGGCCUACAGUUCACUAAGAUAAGUACCUCAAAAGUUAGUUUCCAGUCAAUCCCAAGCUGCUUAGUGGCUAAAGAAGCAAGUGAAGUGCGUCACAAACGUUGUCAGACAGCUAAUGCCAUCGUGGAAAGCAUUGUUCGCGACAUGUGCCAUACACUUCACCAGACAACAGGCGUAGUAGGGGCCAUGCCAAAACCUAUUACAUAUGUGCUAAAUAGCCAGGCGUGUAGAGGAGCUGUCAAAUUUGGGGAUGAGUUAACAUUGAGUCAGUGUCAAGAACUCAUCUCUUCACUGUGUUCAUGCCAACUGCCCUUCCAGUGUGCUCAUGGCCGCCCAUCCAUAGUCCCUAUAGUCAAUCUUACUCAUCUAACAAGGAUAAAUAAGAAGGACACCAAGCCCAACCUACAAAAGUUAAGGGAUAUGAUCCAGGACAGGACUACACAUUGAUACAGCACAGCUCCCUCUACUGUGUAACACAAACACACACUCCAGUACAGUACUUCUGGAGUCUUCCAGUAAGUAGAAUGUCUAGUCAGGAAUUUUUAUGUGUUGCUCCACUUUUAAUUUCAAUGUUAUCAAUAUGACCAGCUCAUAAGACAACUGGUGGUUAAGAGUAUAAAGUGGAGGAGGAAACUUCAAAUUGCCAAGACUCAGGUUGUUAAGGAAAACCCCUUUUGUAAAUGAAUACAGUACAGUACCCAGUAUUAAGAUUAUUACCAGACAAAACUCAAAAGCUUAAGAUGCUUUACAAAUGAAGAUUUCUUCAGGCACUCUGUUCAGAAGCGAUAUAUACCGCAGUGCAAUACUUAUGCAUUUUUUGACAGGAAGGAGUCAGGGAAAACCACAGUUGGUAUAAUGUAGGAGGUCCAGAGCUAAUGUGGAAGAGUAACGCGCAGAUAAAGCUUGACUCUAUUUAUAUCAGACCUUGAUAACCAGAGAAUAUAAACAUUAAUCUACAAAUUUGUGUUAAAUAUCGAACAGAUUGAUGUUUAGUAGGCAUCAUAUCACAGGGACAACACUACAUUCAUAACACUUAGGUUAAACAAUGAACUGAGUAUUACACAAGGGAGUAGGUGAACUUUUUUUUUUGUGUAUGUGUGUGUGUGGGGGGAAUUUGUCCAGUUGAGAUCUCUUAGGACUACAUUAAGCCAAACUACAGUACAGAUUAACAUUUAAAAUCACCUUAUACAGUGCUGUGUGUUGGUACUGAAAGGCAAGAAAAAUAGACAUCAAACUAAUUCUAGAGUCUGUGAUGUAAAAUAAUGUAUUGGUGUCUGGCCUUUGAGUGAUGUGCUCAGGUGUAAGGAAGUGACUCAUUAUAACAAUCUUUCAUUAGUGUUAGAGCAUCAGCCUACCUAUCUCUUCACACAUAAGAAUUAAGUAUUUUCUGUUCAUUGUAUGUUGUUUAGUUUUGGUAAUACAGUACAGCAUCAUAUAAUAGGUAGUAAAAUAUGUUAAUCACUGACUCUCCCUAAAAAUUGUUACAGGGUUUUAUUGGUAAUGUUUAACCCUCUUGUUAUUUUUUUAAGUAAUAGAAAAAAAAUAAUAGCCAUGGUUCUUAUUACUCCAAGUGAGAAUUUUAUAUGCAACUGUUAAGAUAUUUUGUAUUCAAGUAGGGAAGCAGCUAGUCAUACUGUACCAUUAUCUUGACAUUUAUAUAGUAAUUAAUGUUACCGACAAUGUCUUUCAUCACCGAGGUUGUAAUAUGUGGUAAUGCUGCAGAUUGUUUAUAUUAUUAUACCAGUAUGUAUUAAUAAGUACUCAUACGAUUACCUAUAUCAAUGGAUAUUAUUUUUUUAGGUUUUAUUUAAGAAAAAGGUUAUUACUGUACUUUACAUUAACUUAUAUUGUUAUUACAUUGUUAUAAGCUCAAGAGUAUUUCAUAUUUUUAUUUUAACAAGUUAUAAACACCUUUUAAUAAAAAAAUAUUAAACUC